AUGUUGUUGGAAUAUUUAAAUACAAUAAAUUCUAAGAAAAUUAUUCUUGCUAGUCAAUCACUAAGAAGAAAGGAAAUUUUAGAACAAAUGGAAUUAAAAUUUGAAAUUCAUGUUAGUAACUUUGAAGAAAAUUUAGAUAAGAAAUUAUUUAAAGACCCAGUUGAUUAUGUCAAAGCAAAUGCAGAAGGAAAAGUAAUGGAUGUUGCUUCUAGAUAUCCAGAUGCUGAUUUGAUUAUUGGAUGUGAUACUAUUGUAUUAUUUAAUAAUGAGAUUAUUGAGAAACCAAAAAAUGCAGAAGAUGCCUCAAGAAUUCUUCAUAAAUUAAGUGGAAAUACUCAUGAAGUAAUUUCUGUGGUUUGCCUUGUUUAUCCAAAAAUUCAAAUCAAUGGAAAACCAUUAACUCAAGUUUUUGAUGAUCGUACUAAAGUAGAAUUUGGUCAUAUGACUGAUGCUUUUAUUAAUAAAUAUAUAGAAAGUGGUUAUUGUUAUGAUAAGGCUGGUGGUUAUGGUAUUCAAACUGGAUUUACUUUUAUUUCAAAAAUUGAUGGAUCUUAUUGGAAUGUUGUAGGAUUCCCUUCAUUUAAAUUCUGUGAACAUCUCAUUGAAGUUGUCAAAAAAUAUUGGACGGAAUAA